AUGAAGAAAUUAGUGAGCGAUGUGACACAGUACUUGACUGAAAAUGAUGCAGAUGGAUUUGAUAUUGACUGGGAAUUUCCGGUCUGGAGCCGCGAUGCACAGCCAACAGACAAGAAGGCUUUCGCUCUUCUCAUUAAAGAAAUGCGAGAAGCUUUUGAUAAAGCAAAAGCCGGCCUUUUGCUUACUGCGGCUGUUGCAGCACCUUUCACGGUCGUCGACAAAGCCUACGAUAUCGAUGCAUUCAAUAAGUUAUCAUUUGCCUUUGCUAUGCAGAAAAGCUUUUUCGAAUUCUCACUGUAG